AUGCGCCUUCUGAAUGCCACCACCCUCCGCCUCGAAACUGUGAAACCAGGUUCCGAGCCCUACGCAAUCCUCUCCCACCGCUGGACCGACGAUGAGGUGUUGUUCAACGAUGUCGAGAAUGGCACCGCCCACGAGAGGCGGGGAUACGCCAAGCUCCGUGGCUGCUGUGAUAUCGCUCUCAGCCAGAACCUGAAGUACGUGUGGAUUGACACUUGCUGCAUCGACAAGAGCAGCAGCGCCGAGCUUUCAGAGGAGAUCAACUCCAUGUUCCGCUGGUAUAGCAUGGCUGAGGUCUGCUACGCCUACCUGCACGACGCGACGGGUGAGCAGGACUAUCUCUCGAGCGAGUGGUUCGGUCGCGGGUGGACGCUGCAGGAGCUCAUCGCCCCCAAGAAGGUAGAGUUCUACGCCAAGAAUUGGACCAAAUUCGGCUGCCGCUCCCAACUGUCCAAAGCACUGAGCAAGAAUACGGGUAUCGCCGAGGCAUAUCUCCACGGCGCAGACCUGUCGAGGGCGUCCAUUGCCGAGAGAAUGUCCUGGGCCGCGAAGCGCGUGACGACCAGGCCCGAAGACAUGGCCUACUGCCUCCUCGGUAUAUUCAACACUCAUAUGAGCCCGAUUUACGGAGAGGGCGGUGGGAUGGCCUUCAUCCGCCUGCAGCGCGAGCUCCUCGAAAAAUCCAGCGACCACUCAUUCCUUGCCUGGGGCUCGCCGACCGCCCCCGAGGCCCUCGCCGUCGCGGCCCCGGAAGCAACGGACGUCCUGAGCGGCGUGCUCGCGCGGUCACCGGCCUCUUUCGAGGGGUGCGGCGACGUAGAGACCUGGGACCAAGUCGUGACCGCAACGACCACACCCAUCAUCAUGCAGAACGUGGGCAUCCAAGCCCGACUGCCCGUCACAACGAUCGGAUCUCGGAGCCUCCUGAUGCUCAGGUGUCACUGGCGCCACGACCACUGGAACGUCAUCGCCGUGCCGGUGAAGAAGCGCUCCGGCCGGUGGUACAGGACCUCUCCGGAGACCACGACCUGCCCGGAGGACCAGUGGCCAGACAACAUCAGCGACAAGCUACUGUCCCAGAACCCGUACGUGCAGUCUGCCGAUAUUCACUACGCGAUCAAGCCUCUUCCACUGGGACUGCGCGUUGCGGAGGUCUUCCCCGACGACUCAUGGGAAGAGCCUCGCGACACGCAGACCCGGAUCAAGAGUAGAGGCAGCGCAGGAUCGCCAACCGCGACAUUCGUCAGGUUGAAGGAUGGCGCCGAGUCCGACGGUGUCAAGUGUGACUACGUCCUGAAACUCGACGUCGACGGUUCUCGCGGCCAGACCGCCACCUGCCAGCUCGGCAUCCUGCCGCGCGACUCACCCCUGCUACAGGCGGAUCAGCUGACCAGCGCAUUCGGCGGUUUCGGCCUGGCGGUAACCAUUGCUGGCGAGUCCUCGGCGCUCGCGGUGGAAUUGAAGACGAGACUUCUCCACGGAAAGGAGGCGCACGUGGUGGAUCUGUUCAUGGACGAGACGCGGAGGAAACGCGAGGCAUCUUGCAGUCGGGCGCUGCCGGAGCUCCCGUCGAAGACUGAGAAGGACGAGGACAAGCGGCUGGCCCAGCUGGACAGAGAAAGGCAGGCUAGAGAGGAGAGGGAGGAGAUACAGAAAAUGAUGGGGGAGAGGGAGACGCGACAUAAGGAUAACAACAAUUGUCUGAGAGUUGCCAUUUGUUGGCCGAUCGUGGUUACGAUCUUCUGGAUCGUGCCCAUUGCAGGCACAAGCGGAUGGGUGCGAGUGUGUUGGAUCGCUGGUUAUGUGGCCUUGAUCACGCUCGAUAUCCUCGUCACAGUGGCGUACUUUAACAGGCCCAAUGGCUCGGAACAGCGGCAAUAA